AUGAGCAUCGAUUACGAUAAGACGACAGCAACCGACAUGGUGGAGGCAGUUGAGCCUGAACAAUUCCGACCGAACGGCUUCGAAGAUGAUGUUCACUGGUGGAAGCAGCCUGGUCUUCGGAGACUAUACCUGCUGAUGCCGUUCCUGUUCUUAGGCUCAACUACGCUUGGGUUUGAUGGGUCACUGUUGAACGGUCUGCAAGCUAUGCCCACAUGGGUUGACUUCUUCAAUGACCCGCAAGGUGCCACUCUAGGACUAUUUGGGGCUCUCCCAGGCUUCGGUGGUCUUGUCGUCUUGCUCUUCGCCCCAUAUGUGGCAGACUAUCUUGGCAGGCGCAACGGCACAGCCCUCGGCAACUUCUUCGUCCUUCUCGGUGCUUUACUGCAAGCAUUCCCUCCGGCUUCCAGCCCGAGACCGAUGUAUCUAGCUGGCCGCUUCUUUAUCGGGUUCGGAUCCAACAUCAGCAACGGCACAUGUCCGCUACUCAUCACAGAGGUCGCUCACCCUCGACACCGCGGCCGCAUCACAACGAUCUAUAAUACGCUAUGGUACGGAGGAGCCAUUUUGGCCGCAUGGACAACGUUUGGGACUCUCAAAGGCUUCGACACGAACCUUCAGUGGCGGCUACCAACUGGCUUGCAGUGCUUGAUGCCCGGCAUUCAGACGCUUGCCUUGUAUCUCGUGCCAGAGAGCCCACGAUUCCAUAUCGCCCGCGGCCAGGGCGAGAAAGCUCGACAGAUGCUGAUCAAGUACCAUGGUAAUGGCACAGACACCAACUUUGUCCAGUGGGAAUACGAAGAGAUUAGCAACACCAUUCGCCUCGAACAAGAAUCCUCAGCCACCUCUGGGUGGAAGGAGCUUAUCCGUACGGCCGGCAACCGCAAGCGUUGUGUUCUCAUCAUCGCUACUGCUAUCUUCUCGCAGUGCUCGGGAAAUUCUUUGGUUUCAUACUACCUGGUGCAAAUUCUACGGAGCAUUGGCAUCACAGACCCGACCUCCCAAGCGCUCUUCAACGGCGGACUCACGAUUUGGUGUUUCUUAGUAGCGCUCGCCUUCGCCUUCACAGUCGACAAAUUCGGCCGCCGAACCCUCUUCCUGACCGCCGGUAUCGGCAUGUUGAUCUCAUUCACAAUCUGGACCGCCUGCGCCGCCAUGUACGAAAAGACCGGCAAGCAGGGCUACGGCAACGCCGUGCUUGCCAUGAUCUUCUUGUUCUAUACCGUGGCGGGCUGCGCAUGGCCUGGUCUGACGGUCAGUUAUACGGUCGAGAUCCUGCCGUAUAAGAUCCGCGCGAAAGGCUUGACCCUGUGCUUUUGUUUCACGGCACUGAGUGGUGUGUUCAAUCAGUAUGUCAAUCCAAUUGGACUGCAGAAGUUGGGGUGGAAGUUUUAUCUGGUUUAUGUGGCGGUGUUGGUGGUGCAGGUUGUGAUGAUCUACUUCUAUUUUGUGGAGACGAGGGGUUUGCCACUCGAAGAGAUCUCGCGGGUGCUGGACGGGGAUGAGAGUGCCGCAGCGGUAGUGGCGGACAAUUUGGCGGCCCAUGGGAAAGCGGAUAUGAGAGCGAAGGGGACUGUAGAGGAGAAGGAGGGCGUGCAGCAGGUGGUGUAG